AUGGAUGUUGUCUUGGCUCCUGGAAGUAUUGCUAUAUUAGAUAGAGGACGACUUGUUGCUCAAUGCGUUUUUACAACAAUGUUACCAAACGAUGAUCAAUUAAUUCAUUAUGGCUUUGAUUCCACUAUAUCUAUUUGUACUAUUCCAUUACCACUUCAAGUUCAUAAUGAUAGUAUUGAUAUUAUUUAUCCAGAAAUUGGUAAACUUAAUACAAAUACUGCUCCAAUUGGCAUUGGUCUUCAACAACUUUAUAUUAAACGUACCCGUCAUAUAAUUAAAAAUACCUUUUUAGAUCGGUCUAUAUCAAAAUUUUAUAUUGAUCAUAUAGUUGAUUCUUCUUUAGGUGGUUAUGUUGUUACUACACAGAAUAGAUGUAUCAAAUCAGUAAAAGAUUGUAGUCGUUUUGAACUAAAAUUUGAACCCCAACAAGAUAUUGAAUUUAUUGUUGAUGAACAAGCAAGACAUAGUAAAAAAAUAUUUGUAUUAACUGCACUUGAAUUAUUCGUAGAAAAACAAGUACCUGAUCUCGUUCAAGCAAAAAUAAUAGAAAAUAGAACGAUUGAAUUCUGUCAAACAGAUAUUAAAUCGAUAUUGGAAAAUCAAGAAUGUAUUCGACAAAAUAUUGAAGCAUUAGAAAAAGUUGAUCAGUCAGAUAUCAUGAUACGAUAUUUAAAAGAUUUGAAUCCUGAAGACGAUAAUUUACAAGAAGUACGACGUCAAAAAAAAAGCAAUGCAAGAUCAGCAUAA